AUGGUGGAUCCGAAGCGAGGAUAUCUCCGUGAGUCCCAAGAAGAUGAGGAAAGCCGCAGAGCGCUGGGAGGAGCUCUGCCGACAGAAACGAAGAAGAAGAUCUUCUUGAAGAGAAACCUCAACCCCCUCCUUAUGCCUCCUCAGGAGGCACCGCGGAUCACGAUGUGA